AUGCUGUCUCAGUCUAUUCUGAUUCCUCUUUUCGCCUACAUUCCUCUCGUUUCUGCAAGGCCACUACCGAACAUUGUCAAGAUGGUGCAGCUUCCCGCCGGAGCAAAGGAGCAGGACUUGAAAAGCGAGCAACCUGAGGCUGGGACUCAGCCAAAAAAUCCCCAAGAAAGCAGGACGACGUGGCCUGAGGGAGCGUACUGCAUAAUGCCUGGAAGAGGCACUGAUUGCCCGUAUGGCUUUCGCAUGGAUUCUGUAUCUCUUGCUGUCCCCAUCGACUUUGGGCCAAACGAGGAGUAUAGUGAAGGUGGUCGCAGGGUGCCGUACAUUCGUCUCGGAGACACCGGAGGGUUCAAGCUAGCUCGACAGAGUUUCGAUCAAGCCUAUACCUUACAACUGAUUGCAUGUUGUAAAGCUUCUUGA